AAAACAUCAUUAGUCCGAUCAUGAAUUUUGAUGAUUUAAGUUCAAAUAUUUUUCACUACGUUUACUAAAUAUUGAAAAUCGGAAAAUUUAUCGUGAUUAAAAAGUGUUUUUAUUUUUUAUCAUAUUUGUAGUUGAAAAACAAGAUGCCGAGUUCUGAUUAUAGUGAAAUAAAAAUUGUCAACGAUGGUCUCGAUACUAAAGAUAUUAUUAGGGAUAUCAUCAAUAGUAAAAAUCAAGAAGAUGCCUUUCAUAUUUUAAAUGUCGGCGAAGUGGUUUCAAGACAAAAAUUUUGGAAAGAAAACAUGCCCCGAGUAACGCCUUACUUUGCUGUAAAGUGUAAUCCUAAUCCAACAGUGAUAAAAAUUUUGGCGAAAAUGAACGGACACUUUGAUUGUGCAUCGAAAAAAGAAAUAUCUGAUGUUAUGAAAUAUGAUGUGCCUGGCGAACGUAUUAUUUUUGCUAAUCCAAUGAAAGCCCCAUCGCAAAUUAAAUUUGCAAGAGAAGUUGGUGUUGACAAAUUAACCGCUGACUGUGAACAUGAAAUUUAUAAGAUAAAGGAUUUAUUUCCAGAAGCAAAAAUAAUUAUUCGUUUUCGUUGUGAUUCAAAAAUUACGUGCAAUAGUUUGGGAGUCAAGUAUGGCUGUGAUGCGAAAAAGGAGGCAAUUGAAUUGAUUCGUUUAACCAAAUCGUUGGGUUUAACAUUAUAUGGAUUUAGUUUUCACACUGGUAGUCCUUGUGGCGAUUUGACAGCGUACAAUGAGGGAAUAAAAAUUGCCAAAAAUUUGAUUGAUCAAGCAAAAGCAUUUGGUUGUCACGAGGUUUGUUUAAUUGACAUUGGCGGUGGAUUUCCUGGCGAAAGUGAUUACGAUUUAAAUCAGAUAUCAAAUGUCAUAAACGAAUCAAUCAAGAACAUCGAUCCAUCAAUAAAAAUAAUAAGCGAACCAGGAAGAUAUUACGUAACAGCUGCUUUUGUGGCGGUCGCUCAUUUAUUUGGGAAAAAGACAGUAAUUCGCGAUAAUGAAGAAGUGAAAAUGUAUUACAUUAACGAUGGAACAUUUGGAUCGUUCAUUGAAGAAUUGUUAAUGAUGAAAGCUCGUCAUCCAAUUUCACUCAAUGGCGCUAAGAGUGAUAAAAAGUUCCUUUCGACACUAUGGGGACCAACGUGUGAUGCACUCGACUGUCUAAUAAAAAAUGAAAUUUUACCUGAUUUUGAAGUUGGCGAUUGGCUAUUUUGGAAUGAUAUGGGCGCUUACACCUCGUCGUGUGCAAGUAAAUUCAACGGCUUUCACCCUCCCACUGUUUAUCCGUUUAUACAAAAAAAAGAUCUAAUUACUCUAAAAGAAGAAAUAUCUAAAAACAAAAAAGUUUAAAAGAAGUGCCACUACUA